AUGAGGGCAUCAGCGUCCACACAUUUUCCUGAUAACGGUUGUACGAGGCCUGAUGCGGUUCAAGUAAUCGACUUUGGCACAGAAAAGGGCCGCUCUCUAGUUACCACACGCCCUAUUCAAGAAGGCGAGGUUCUCUUUUCCGAGCGGCCUCUCAUUUGCUGUCAAUUCUCCUGGAAUCGCCUGGAUUGCUACAAGAGUUGUGACUAUUGUCUUCAGCCGUUGGAGUCACCACAGGACAACGCCCGCCGUCUCCUAAAGGAUCCUAACUUCAGCCUCCCCGCCGUCCUCGGUGCGCCUGAUGGGCAUUUUUCUGUACAAAUCUUUUCCUGUCCGUCCUGUGGUGUCGAAUACUGCAGCGAGGCGUGUCGUGCAGCCUCCGCGGACGAAUAUCACGCGUUUGUUUGUUGCACUGACAAAGACAGCGCAUUCGACAGACUCGAUCAGGAAUGGCGCAACUCCCAUUUCCCACCCGAGACCGGCACGGUAAUGCUCCUCGUGCGAAUAGCCGCCGCGCACUUCAGUGCCCACUUCCGACAAAGCGCUCGAGCCCGCCACAUUGUCACUUCGCUCUCGCGAUUCGUCUCCUCGCUACACGUCGAAUUGCCCUGUGCCGACGGAGAUGGACCCAGUGGUUCUACCAUCUCCCUAACACACAGAUUAAUGGGUCCCAAGUUCUCGGGAAGUCUCGCCCGUUUGCACACACUCUUUUUGGAUGUGCUGGGUGAAAUGGCUCAUAGAACGGGUCUUAUCACAUCGCCGUCGGAGGUGCCCAGCGUACUGCACCAGGUUGGGCUGCAGUCAAUGCUCUCAGAGUACGGAUUCUGCUCGUCCAUGUGUCUGAUUGGUCGCAACGGCCAGGGUAUUGGAACUAGCUCUCUCGGCACCUGGGGCAAGGUUGCCGAGGCCGUUGUGAAGGCCCGAGGGGACCCCGAUGAGGAGAAGCAGUUCUCUGACUUUCUUGACUUGCUUUAUGAACAGCUCGAUGAAACAGCUGGUGAAUUCCUCAAUGUGGAGGGCGUCGGUUUGUAUGAGUUGCAGAGUCAGAUCAACCACUCCUGCGAGCCGAAUACGUGCGUGCGUUUUGAGUCCGGCAACAGUGAGUUGUCGAUCGUGGCGAAGUCGGCGAUCUCAGCGCCGGGCACUGAAGUGACCAUCUGCUACUUCGACGAGUGCAUGCUCCUGCGCGGCGUGCAUUCACGCAGGAAGUAUCUGCGCGAGCACUACGUCUUCCUCUGUGAGUGCACUCGCGCAAGUAAUUUCAGAUUGAUGGGCUGCUGCUUCUCAGAGCCGCCUCCCGAUGACGACGUACGUCAGCCCAGUGCAGAAGAGAGGCGGCGCCUGCAGGCCGAGGCAGCUGAGCGUCGUCUCAACCAGGCCUCCAGCCGAGGCAUAGCGAAUCCCGAAUCCGUCCGACGACGUCAGGAGAAGGCCAACGCGUUGGACGCCUUGGAAACCUCUGCUGGCGGCCAAGGCAACGCGGGUCUUCGCUGGACCGUGUCCCCCUAG